UCCUUAAUUAUUUUCUUUAUUUAAUUAUCUAUCAAACGCUUACUCACUUUUCUUUAUUAUGCAAACACAUUUUAUCACCAUUUUGUUCGAUUUUGUUCCAAAGAUAAUUUAAUACGUGACAAAAAAUGAGAUAGUGAUGAGCGAAAUGAAGCCAAUUGUAGUUUUUCUCUGUUUAAUUUCAAAAAUGUUAGGCCAUCACAUCAUCGAAGAAGUCGAAUGUCCCACAAGAUACAAAUUGGACGAAAAUGUUCUACUGAGUCAUUUUUUUUUCCAAAAACUAAUCGAAGACAUUAAUAAUAAUCGCACAAUAACCAAUGAUUAUGUCGACGAAGUUUUCCUCAAUAUUCGCACUUUGUUGAUCCAUGAAGACUUUGAUCCCAUACAAAUGCCUAGAGUGGCUACAAACCUGUCCAAUACGUUUAUUGUCACGUAUCAAGGGAAUAUAAAACUGUCCCAUGGAUGGUUGAGUGACUUAUCGACCAUCCAUCGUAGAGGCGAAAUUAUGUCAUACAAUUUUCACAAGAAAUAUUUCAUGACAAUACCAAUCGCUUUCAAAGAAAUGCACUUCACCUAUGACUACGAUACCACAAUAAUGGGGCUCAAGUCUCAGGGGGGAAUUGAAGGGAAAAUCGGUUAUUUAUCAGCAACAGUAAAGAUCGGGUUUGACUCCCAAACAUUAACAGCGUUUUUGGAAGACUUCCACAUAGAUAAUUCAGGGAUUAUUUCUUUCCAUUUCACUGGAAAUGUCUUAAAUGCCUGGCUCCUCAAUUUGUUGGAAAAUACAACGAAGGAACUUUUGGAAAACGGCAUUUUUUUCGUCCUUGAAAAUGUGGUUCAUGGUGGAUUGGAAUCGGCCAUAAGGACCAUGAAUAGAAUUUUAAAUCCAACUGUACCUUUCAUAGACACAACUUCUUCAGUUUUGCAUAGUUUAUUUUAAAUUUUGUCAUUUACAACUCGAGUCUUGGACUAUAUUUUUUCACAAUUAAUUCAAAACAAAUUGUCUUCCAAAAAGUGUAACAAUUUGAACAUGUAUAUUUAACAAAUAAUAAUCGAAGAAAAAAAUCCAUCCAGUUACAUCCCGUUUAAUUGUGACUUGUGACUUGUGACUAGAAAUUUGUUUUAACAAAAUACCUAAUCUUGAUGCAAAUAUUAAUUUCUCGUAUUGUGUUAGUAUUUUUAUACAUGCAUGAGAUAGAAAAGAUAAGUUGAAGCGACCAAGUUAGCUGCUACCUGUAAGACCUGAGAGAAUGGGGUCUUCUAAAAAAUCAGUUGUAACUGUGUUUCUUAUACUAUGUUUUUGCGGGGUUAUUUACGCAUCGAAACCUUUCUACGAACUGCCCCUUCUGAAGGACAUAAAAAACUGGUUUUUCGAUAAUCCUGUGUUGUUUUUCGUAAUUUGUUUCGUAAUAUUAAUAGCAGGUUGUUCGAUUCGUUGUUUGUUAAAAUCAAUUGAUACCAAAAAGAAGAAGAACACAGAUUAUGACUUAAGCAGCACUCAUCGUUUGAUAUAUAAAUGAAAAGUUAUUGCACAAAGAGGACAUACACGGAAAGGAAAACGAUGUGUAUAAAAAUACAUUAAUACAAAUUAUACAAAUCAAAAGUUGGUAUUUACUCCGUUUAUUUGGAAAAUGUGUUAGAAAAUGACUAUUAUUUAAUGUAAUUUAACGUGAUUCAAAAUAAAAUAAUAAUAAAUUGUUU